AUGGCGAUGGAAACACAAACACAUCUCUUGGAAGUGUUGCAGACAGAGAUUGUAGCGAGAUUACCUUUAAGAACCAUCUUCAGAUUCAAAUCAGUGUGCAAGACAUGGAAAUCAACAAUAGAGUCUGCCUAUUUCCGCCGUCUCUUUUUAUCUCUGCACCAAAACUCCUCUUCUUCUUCUUCAUCGUGGUCCCUCUUGUACGGAUCAUUGGAACUCAUAGGGUUCCAUGGAUGCAAAACAUGGGAUCUUCCGAAGUCUCCAGCUUCACUCAUCCCAUCGUCUUUCAAACGCUAUCAUAUUGGUGAUUUUGACUAUGUGGUUUCUUCCGGUGGAUUGGUUUUGAUCGCAGACGGCUUUGAUAAAGCUUACUACUACGUGGGCAGUCCAGUCUUACAUCAAUGGGUCAAAAUCCCUCCACCCCCAUGUGAUCCAAGAGUCGGCUUCCCGGUUUUCGGUAACUGUGUACCCAUGGCUAUGAAUCCAUUUGAUGCCGCUACUGUCUAUCUAUGGAGUCAACGGGAUCAUCAUUUGGUAUCAUGUAACUUGCGGAAAGGAGAAGACUACAGAGUCCUGGAGGAUGCAUCUAAUGAUUGUUUCAUUGACCAGUCUGCUUGUAAGAAGAGUGUGGAUGAGUUGUGGCGUCCAAGAUCAUUAUUAGAUGGAGACGAAGACUUAGACUUCGAAGUUUGUAUCUGGUUAAUCCAAUUUGUGAUCCCACCGUGGAUGGAAUCGGUGCCUCGUCCUCCCCAAGCUGAGGUGAUAGAUACGAGGUCUCUUCUUUCUCACGCUGCCGCAACACAUGAGAGAAUGGUGACUGGUGAGGGAACAUGA